UUACACGGUCACAAAUCACGUGUAAAACAAUAACAUCCCAUCACAUGACAGAAAAAAUGGCUGCCACGAGGAGGUGGAUUUUCCUGUCCUGUUGUAUAGUUUGUUUACUGUCGGCAUGUCAAUUAUCUCAGGCACAGAACAGGACAUUCGAGAUAGACUACCUGGGGAACACAUUUGUGAAAGAUGGCAAGGCUUUCCGCUAUGUGUCAGGAAGCAUCCAUUACAUGAGAGUUCCAAAGGAAUACUGGCGAGAUCGACUUGAGAAGAUGUAUGCUGCAGGAUUAGAUGCUAUUCAGUUCUACAUUCCCUGGAACUACCAUGAACCAGAGAUAGGGCAGUACAACUUUGAAGGUCAAAGAGACUUUGUGCAGUUUAUCAAACUAGCACAGGAAGUGGGUUUACUGGUUCUAAUUCGAGCUGGCCCCUAUAUCUGUGGAGAAUGGGAAUUUGGAGGAUUCCCAGCCUGGUUGUUGAAGGAAAAUCCCAAGAUGGUGCUCAGGAAAAUGGAUCCAACGUACAUUAAGUAUGUGGACACUUGGAUGGACAAGCUAUUGCCGAUGUUAACUCCACUCAUGUAUGAAAACGGGGGCCCAAUUCUAAUGGUUCAGAUUGAGAACGAGUAUGGUAGUUAUUUUGCCUGUGACCAUGACUACAUGGCCCAUCUAUUUAUCAAAGCGAGGCAAAUCCUGGGGCCCAGGUCUAUAAUUUACACCACGGACGGUGACCUGCAGUCCAACUUUCAGUGUGGCCCCACCCCUGGGGCCUACGCCACAACAGAUUUUGGGGUCACCCUUUUCUUCAAUCCACAGAAGUCUUUCCAGCCACAGAGGGACUAUGAACCGUUCGGACCUCUGGUAAACUCAGAGUUUUACCCUGGAUGGCUUGACCACUGGGGCUACCCUCACUCCACGGUCAACUUAGACGUCUUCUCCAAGGCAUUGGACCUGCUGCUGGACUAUGGGGCCAAUGUCAACAUGUAUAUGUUUGAAGGAGGAACGAAUUUUGGCUUUUGGAAUGGUGCUGAUUAUGACGCUGCAGGUUCUAAAUCAGGCUCUAAGAAUCUAAAAGGUGCAAAUUAUGCCCCAUACCAAGCAGUGCCCACUAGCUAUGAUUAUGAUGCACCGUUAACAGAGGCAGGGGACAUAACUGAUAAAUACAUCGCUAUCAGACAGGUCAUUUCUAAGUACAAGCAGCUACCAAGCAUGCCAAUCCCAAAGAAUACCACAAAAACAGCAUACGGCAAAGUGGAAAUGAGCUUUAUGGCGACUGUUCAAGAUGCUUUGCAAACUCUUUGUCCAAAAGGACCAAUAAAAUCCCAAUACCCACUUACAAUGGAGGCCAUCGGACAGUGGCAGGGAUUUGUACUGUAUAGACACACCUUGUUAGGGGACACUCCAUCGGAACCCAAAACAUUGGAUCUGUCUGGAGUCAGGGACCGGGCUUAUCUGAUGAUUAACCAGGUUCCGCAAGGAAUAUUUGAUCGCAAUGGACAGAAGACAAUGAAUCUCACCCUGAAGGUCAAUGAAACUAUUGAUAUCUUGGUGGAGAAUAUGGGCCAUAUUGGAUUUGGAUCUGAGAUGAACAAUAAUUCAAAGGGCCUGAUCAGUAAUGUCACAUUUGGUGGCUCCAUUUUGACUGGAUGGUCAAUAUUUCCACUCACGGUCGAAAACUUUAAACCUUCAAGUCUUUCAGGAAUAUAUAGAGAUAAACCAUUUAGGAAUGGUAAUUUGACCACACCCUCCUUCUAUGUGGGUAAACUCCACGUCCCCAAAGAACCAUCGGAUACCUUCCUAGACAUGAGUGCCUGGGGAAAGGGUCAGAAUUUAAUCAUGUCAUCGUCCAUGAUCAACGUGGGGCGAUACUGGCCCUACGUGGGGCCCCAGGUCCGACUCUACGUCCCGAAGCCAUUCCUCGCCCCCUCUCCUACAAUCAAUUACAUCAUCAUGUUCGAGCUGGAACAAGCCCCCUGUGAUACCGCUGACAAGUGCACUGUUGAGUUUGUGGAUCAAGCUUUAAUUAACGCAGCGCCUCACAAACCAAACUUUGAGCGGGAGGAGACAGUAUUCUCGAGAAAGCGAAUUUCUGUAUAAUUAUUAACAUACUGUGAUAACAUGGGUGUAUGUUUUACUAUGUAAGUGCAAUUGUAUUGCUAGCGAUUUGCCAUACUUUCAUGAUGUGCCUAUAAUUGUGUUUUGCAAAAAGUAAACACAUGUAUCUGUUGUAUUAAAUAUAUGAUAAGAGAUUCAAGCUAUUGUUAAGCAAAUGCACAUCCAGUUCAUGUACCACGAUGACAUUACUUGGGAUUACGAAGAAUAUCUAUCUCACUUCUUUUAUAUCAAAAUGCAUUAACCUGUACAUGUAUAUAUUUUUCAUAAAGGAUGGUUUAUCACUAAUGAAUUUUUGAAGUUUAUCUACAGACUACUUAACUUGGUAUGUUCAAAGGCAUUUUUAUUUGUGUGUUUUUUUAAAAAUAUAAUACAUAUAACCUUUGUAUUUACUUUUAACAUUACAAGGAAACAAUUGGUUUUGAUAUUAAUGCUUUGAAAUGAUCAUUUGAUCACAAAGAGUGCUGUUGUAUUUCAUUCAUAUUCUUUCCCUGCCAUUAUGAGUAUGUAUCUGUCUCUUUAUACACCAAAAAAUCAAUAUUGUCAUUCCAUGAGAAUAAUUUCUCAAAUCGUAUGUUACAAGAUUUGUAUGUUUGUAUGCACUCAUUCCUUAACAAUGUGUGUUGAUUGUGUCUGAUCCAUAGAGACUAAUCCUGUGUGACUGAUUAAUUAAUAAAAUAUUUCAUUCCAAAAUGCUGUGAAUAAGAAUCUUUGCUAUUAAAUGAUUGAUACAUACAUA